AUGCCUGCAAAGUGUGCCCCAGUCAAAUCUCCAUUAAUUUUGAAUCCUUGCAAAAAGGAAGAAGUGUGGCGCUAUUUUAGUUAUAUGUUUGUGCAUGUUGGUUUUGUUCAUCUUCUAAAUAAUUUGGCAGUUCAAUUCUUGCUUGGAAUACCUUUAGAACUUGUCCACAAAUUUUGGCGCAUAGCUUGUCUUUAUUUUCUUGGAGUUAUUUGUGGAGCUUUACUUUUCUUUGUUUUUGAUCGUGAUAUUUACCUUGCUGGGGCUUCUGGAGGAAUAAUAAUUAAUUGGAGUGAAAUGGAAUUUAAUUGGAUACGUGCAGCAAUUUUUGGAAUUUUUGUUUCAUCAGAUAUUGGAGUUUCUGUUUAUCAACGUUAUUUUUCUUCAAUGCCAAAUAAAGUUUCUUAUAUUUCCCAUAUUGGAGGUUUUGUUGCUGGCCUUUUCUUGGGAAUUGUUUUGUUACGAAAUUUGCGUAAACGAAAUUGGGAGAAUUAUGCGUGGUGGACAGCAUUAACUUUAUUUUCUCUUUUUGUUUGUUCGAGUAUUGUAAGUAGUUUUCUUUUUAAAUUAUUUUUUUGGAAGGACACUUCUCUAUUUUUUCUAAAUUCUCUUUUGGUCCUAGAGGACAAGUUUAGUUCUCGAUUUUCGUUACAUGGUUGA